CAUUCUUGUCGGAUCCAAAACCUCCCCAAACCAAGACACGACGGGCGAUCAUGUCCUCCUUCGACUCCGUCGCGGCCGUCGUAGGCGAUGACGACGGGCUACCGCCAGCCCCCUUCGACCCUGCCGUCGUCCUGGACGGCGGCGAGCAGCAGGCGGAGCUCGGCAUGCGCCGCGGCCACCGCUUCGCCGCGUCCUACUCGUCGUUCGGCACUGCCGUCUCCGAGGACGACCUGGGCGGCAUCGCAGGCGAUGGCGGCGGGUACGGCGGCGGCUUCGGCCUCGGCAUGCCCCUGGAUUCCAACGGCGGCGCCGCCCACGGCGCGUACGGGUACGCCGACGACGCGGCGAGCGGCGUGGAGCAUGUCAUGGGCGCCCAGGACGUGAUGGACGGCGCCGCGCACGGCCACGCGGGAGGGGGCAUCGGUGGCGGCAGCGGCGGCCUCCUCGAAGAUGACCUGUUCGGCGCAGCUGCCGACCACGGGCCCGUCCUGCCGCCGCCGGAGGCCAUGAGGGAGGAGGGCAUCCUCCGCCGGGAGUGGCGCCGCCAGAACACGCUGAUGCUGGAGGAGAAGGAGCGGAAGGAGAGGAAGCGGCGCGACGCGAUCAUCGCGGAAGCAGAUGAGUUCAAGAAGUCCUUCCUGGACAAGCGCAGGAUGAACUGCGACACGAAGCGAGCGCAGAACAGAGACAGGGAGAAGUUGUCCCUGGCGAACCAGGAGAGGUUCCACAAGGAGGCGGACCGGCAGAACUGCUGGAAGGCGAUCGCGGAGCUGGUGCCGCACGAGAUCCCGGGGCUGGAGAAGAGGGGCAAGAAGAAUAAGCAGGAGCAGGAGCGGAAGCCCGGCAUCGUGGUGGUGCAGGGCCCCAAGCCCGGCAAGGCCACCGACCUCUCCCGCAUGCGCCAGGUGCUCAUGAAGCUCAAGCAGAACCCACCGGCUCACAUGGCGCCGCCCCCGCCGCCGGCCAACAAGGAGGGGGAGGGCAAGAACACGGAUGGCGAUAAGGAUGCCAAGAAAGACGGUAACAAGGAUGGUAAGCAGGUAGCCGGAGACGCCGGCGAGAAGGCGGCCGCGAGCGCCAAUGCUGCUGCCGGUGCUCCACCGGUGGCAACUGGAGCGCCGGUAAGCAAGGAACCAGAGCAACCGGUAAAGAAGUGAUCGCCAUGUGCUGUGCCGAUGAAGAUUGCUAUCUACCUAGCUAGUCGCUCGUAUCGUGUUAAUAACAACAUCCGCCUGGAAAUAAUGUUCUUGAGCCGUGGACAUCUGUUGCAUUUGUUUUGUGCAGUUUUCUGAGCUAGAAGUAGCUA